AUGUCUGAUUUGGAACAAGCUUUCAAUGCUGAGACUCAUUACAUUCCUGCUACAUCCCGAUCGGGUGGUUCAAACGAAGUUGUACCACCUCAACCAACAACAACAACAAACACUGGUGGUGUUCAUCAUUCCAUGUUUGGAUCUGAUCGAUUGAAACAAUGGAAAAUUGCUUGCACUGUGACUUCCUUGUUGGUCACUAUUUUAGGUGGUAUUCUCACUCUUCAUCAUUUCAUUGCCAUGAUCGUUUGGUAUGCAAAAGAAGUGAAAAUAUUUGGUACUUCCAAUCUCUUUCUCAUUCCAAUGAAUAUUAUUGUUGUACUAAUUGGUUUGUCAGGUCUAUUUGGAGUCCUAAAAGACAAUUUGGAAGCACUUAGAAUUCAUGCUUAUGGAUGUGUCUUUGGUUCCAUCUUUUUCUUCUUUGUGUACAUGAUUCAUCAAUUGCCAAGUUGGUUUACUGGUUUCUCUUCAUUGUAUUAUGAUGGUGCAAUUUCAUUGGUGUUUUAUGUGUUGAAUAUUCCAAUUGGAAUUAUUGUCUCUGUUGUUGCUCAGGUCUAUAUGAGAUGUUUUGAGAAUGCAAUGCAAUCUGAUCAGAAAACAAGAUUACCAUCCUCUGGAAUGGGUCAUUUCUAA